AUGUUCAUCGCAUUGCAGCGUAGUGAUAUGGAGUCGUCGAGCGCAACGGCCGAUCAUCUGAAGCAGCCUCGACGACAAAUGGGCCCCAAUCCCCCGCCGCCAAACGUACCGGAAUCUGAAGACGACCUGCGCGACCUGGAACAAGAUGGAUGGCAAGUCGGGUUCGAGGUGGAAUUCAACGGUGUCGGACAUGAAGGUGUGAUGGAUGAUACGCAGAGCGAGGGCAGUGGUAAUUUGGUUGAGCAUUCGAAAUACGAAAUAGGUUGGGACUCGGAUCCUCCCAGCGACGACGAGAGUGGGCAAUCUGCGGUGGUCCAGGAUUGCUACACUGGCUACCAAUGUGUGCCAGUGGAGGCCGGCAGUUGUUUGGAAGAAGAAGAAGAUGACGCGAGCGAUCCAGCCGCGAGAUUUGAUUGUACAACACCAAAUGUCGAUCCGGAUACGCCACUGGCAGCGGCAUCAAGCUGGAAAGCAGAUUUUGACAAACAGAUGGGUGUCCUGCCUCCGCCGCCAGAAGAAGAUGUGAAAAUUGAGCACAAGCCACGGCACAUUGAUUUGGACGAAGACAAAAUCUCCACCAUCCGCUCGUUGAUGACCUCAUUCACCUUGGCGCCACCUCCAAAAUGGGCCGACGGACGGCUGCAGGAUACGGAUCUGAAGGCGCUAGUCGAACAACUACACACCAAAGAA